AUGAUAAGAAGAGGAGCGGCUAAUCGACUGGAGCUCUAUCGGAAAGUUUGGCGAGACCUCUUGUAUAGACCGGGGGUGAAAGUAUUCGUGAUACUCGCUUCCUAUUUCUAUCUGACUGUCGGAAUUUUCGGAUGCGCGCAGCUCACCGGAGAGCUUGACCUGUCCUCCGUGCUGUGGAGCCAUUCCGGGAACAUUUCGGAGGGUCGCGGGAUCGCAGAUGCUCCAGUUUUCAAAAAUCCGUCCUCCUAUCGGGUUGAACUUCUUUUCAACGAUCGCAUCGAUUACUGGAACCCUAAGACGCAUGAACGUCUAAUGGGGUUGGUGAAUGAGUUGGACUAUUCUCGGGUGCAUGCCGUGGUGAAAGUAUCGAAUUGCUGGUUCGAGAACUUCCCGCCUUUAGUCAGAACGAUCGACAGUGCGGAAACCGCGUCUCCGAAGUCAUUAGUCAGGAAGACCUUCAUCGAAGCUCUGGAUCGAAUGCUGCGAACACAAUCGUUCUCCCAGUACGACCGCGACAUUUUAUUCGAUAAAAAUAAGACGUCGAUUGUGGCUUCACGGUGCAAAUUGACCGUCAGAGAUUUGGAAAACAUAGCCCAGGAGAGGAGUAGCCUAAGAGAUCUUAUCGAGACCGCAGCGAAAUUCCCCGACUUGAACGCCACCAUCCACGGCCCCCCGGAGCGCCAAAUCGUAGUGCAAACAGUAUCAUGUGUUCUCCUGUCUCUGCUUUACUCAAUAGUGAUCAUCGUAGGUUCCUGGGUGAAAUCGAAUUUUUGGUACGGCUUGUGGCACACCUACUCAGUGAUGUCUUGUACCAUCGGAGCAUUGGGCUGGAGUGUUUGGUUUCAAACGGAUGUUGAACCUCUUCUGAUCUGGGUCUUCACCGCAUUGAGCGAAAUUAUGAUCUACGACUAUUUCACUACGCCUUAUGUUUACUUUUGGGCGCGGAAACCGAGAACCGAUGACGCAAUGAACGCGGCGAUGCGCUGCAUUAUGGCUUUUGUCAUUCAGAUUACCAUCGUCUUCAAUUUCUGUUUCUACAUGGGUGCCUCGUGCGACGCGCCCCCUUAUAUUUGGUACCAUCGGCUAAAAUCGCUGAGCUUGUCGAGUUUAUCCCUCGCUCUUCAUAACAUGGUCUUGCUAUCUGUUCUUGCGACAUCGGCUCGAAGUUUCCUCAAAGUCACGGAGACGAUGAGUUCUGCCGUCCUUGGUCUCUUCAGAGGUCGGGAAACAUCGACACGGUGCCCGCGCGUACCGCUGGAUAGAGCUAUCGAGCCACCGGCUGUCUGA